AUGGAAGCACUCCAGGAGGGAAAUAGCCUCGACGAGGACGACAGAACCGAUGUGUCUUUGAAAGCACUCAAUUUUACAUUGGAAGUGAAAGUUUUUAGAAGACGGUGGCUUCAGCUUCUACUUCUAUUCAUUCUGAAUACAAGCAAUUGUGUUCAUGUGUACCAAUUUACCAUCAUCACAAGCAUUGUUCGCAGGUACUACAAAAUUUCUUCCUUGGCUGUCGAAUUGACCGUUGUAGUGUUCUUGGUGGCUUGCACGAUCCUGGCACUACCAGCCUCUUACCUGAUGAAUCGAAUCGGCCUGAGGUGGACGUGUCUCAUAACCACUUUACUCACGUGCCUCGGUUCCUGGAUCAAAGUGUUCUCCGUAUCCCCGGACCAAUUCAUUGUGGCAUGCAUCGGCCAACUAGUGAUCGCGGUGGCUCAUGUAUUCGUCUUGGCUUUUCCAGGGCCAUUGGUAGCUUUCUGGUUUGGAGCUAAAGAGACCGGUCUUGCCACGACCAUUGUUACCCUCGGUGUUUUCAUGGGCUAUUUUGUGUCCUUUCUUACUCCUUCUAUUCUCUUUACAAAUCACGAAAGUAUCGAGAGCAUCGGAAAUGAUUUAUCAACGGUUUUCUGGACAGCCGCAGUUUACAGCAGUGUUGUUACCGUCACCUUAUUUUUCCUGUUUCAGGAGCAACCGGAUCUACCACCAAGCAAAGCAAGGGCGCUUGUUCUAAAGACACACCGCGAGUCCAAUGCUAAAGUCUUCUGGAAUGAGAUUAAAGAGAUAUUGAGUAACCGAGGUUUUCUCAUUUUUUGGAACAGCUAUGGCAUUAUUGCCAGCAUGCCAGGCGUACUAACCAUAUUUAUCAGUCCCUUAUACGUUGCUCAUUUUGAGGACGGUGAAAAAGAGGCUGGCAUUAUGGUACUUUUAUUUGUCAUCAUGGGCAGCAUCGGUGGGAUGAUAUUUAGUGCCAUUCUAGACAGGACAAAAGCAUUCAGAGCAGUCCCAAUCGUGAUCAGUGCUCUAGAAGUCGUCAUUGAUAUACUGUUUGCUACCAGCUUGGUGAAUGAAAUCAAAUGGAUAACGUUCGUGAGCUAUUCAUUCCUUGGGUACUGCGUCAUGAGUUAUGUUGUGAUCGGGACUGAACUGUGCGUCGAAAUGACUUAUCCACAGCCGGAAUCGACCGUCGCGGGAAUUUUGUUCCUGGCAAACCCGAUCUACGGUAUUGGGAUGGUACUAUUGACAGGCAGAAUACUGGAAUUCUUCGGAGAUAUUGCGGCACAUGGGUGUAUUUGCGCCUACCUUACUUUGGGUAGUCUUUUGAUGAUUGUCAAUAGAUUCGAAUUUCGUCGCUACAAAGCUGGGAUGAUUACUGCGGAUUACAAUAGCACUCAUGUGCAUCUUCAGACAUUUGUACGAUUGGCAAUAAAGGAUAUUUUAUUAUUUCAGAGCCGUGAAUUAAGUGUUUGUGUACAGAAAAUUUACGAUUUGUCUAAUCUAUAUUUUCAAAGGGAUUAUGGUCUCUUCAUUGGCCAUGGAUUUAUCAUUCCUGCAUUGUAUGAUGCAACAUCAUAUGAGAACGUUGAGACAAUUGGGAAGGUUUUAUUUCAAGGUGUUAAGGUUUCGGCUCUUAUGCUCAGUAAAAUCCUCAGUCGUUGCAUCGUUGCGACCCCAUCACAAGCUGCGGAGAAUAGGAAAAUAGUGAUUUUGGCAAAACCAGUCUUCUUCUUACAUCUUACAUCUGAGAGAAAACUGCGGAUCGAAUACGUGAAUACUGUUUCAGGAUCAACCGGAUCUGUCACCACGUGGAGCAACGGCGCUGAAUUGGUUACAAAACACGAUCGGAUGCUCAUUAAUGUCAGGCUAAUCAAAGCGAAGCUACUUGGCACUUUGACAAAGCGAUCAAUCGCUUAG